GAGGAAUUGACCUUGCAUCUGAUAUUUGCAGAGUUACCUUGUCAUACUCCUUUUCUCUUAUACAAUUCAAGAGCCACUUGAUCAAACUCAACUGCCCAGGCGACCUAUUCCAAAUUGGAUGCGCGUGUCGAUUACAUAAUCUGAUAUGAAGCAGUUGCCGGCCAGAGACUAACCAAUUCUUGAACGCCCACUGCUAUCAUCUCCCGACCGCCAACAAUGGACGCGUCAACAGGACCAGGAGCCCCUUUAAAUCUCUGCUUGUCUGAAGAUGGGUUAUAUGCCGCCCACGUGAGUGGAAAGGGCCUGGUUGUUCACUCGAAUGUAGCCUCGGAAAAUAAAGAAGUACAGAUCGCAAGGAUCAAAGAGAUUCCUCUCAAAUCACUCAAAUACUUCAACGUGGAAAGUGCUCCUGGUGCAUCAGAUCAUGAGGUUGUCUGUCGGCGGCGACUCCUCUCCGCAAACGACAGCCGAAUCUCGGUCUGGCAGCUCACUCCACUUGAAAUAUUCGCCGAGAUUGAAAGCAUUGAACCGGGGUCAUUAGCUGUCGAUUUUGGCGCCGAUGAGACUGAGGUUCUUGUGUUUCAUGCGUGGAACACUAAACUCAGUGUCCACUCAUUAGAGACCGGGCGCAGCUCAGUCAUCAAAACACCAAAGUUUGCCCAUCAUCUCGGCUUUGGGUAUCGCCCAAAGACCAGGCAGCUUGCCAUCCUGCUGAAGCCGGAGACUUCGGAUUUACUGACCGUCCAUGAGCCCCGGUCUUACGAGCUCGUCAACAGGACCGUGCUUCCAACAAUUGAUGCGCAAGGGUUGAAAUGGAGCCCGGACGGGAAAUGGAUUGCCAUCUGGGACAUCGCAAGUGCAGGCACAAAAGUGCUGGUAUUCACAGCGGACGGUCAACUUUUCAGGACGUAUUCCGGGCCAUCUGGGUUGGACGAUUCCUUCGAUCUCGGAGUGAAACAGAUCGAAUGGAGCCCUGCUCCCCACCAGGGCAUCUCUGAAACGUUGGCCGUAGGAAAGGUCAACGGGAAUAUUGACCUGCUGCGAACUCGCACGUUCUCUUCCGCAACAACUCUCUCACAUGUGUUCCAAACAGACCAGCAAUGUCCCAAUAUUUGGCGCGAGCGAUACACCAGUGCCGCAGGGGAUUCCGAGUAUGUCGAGGCAUCCUGCUCAUCUGCAUUGAGCAUGAGCCCCGAGUCGGCAGGGCCGCCACGGGGCGUCUUGACGAUGACCUUCAGCUCAGACGGUCUCCUCCUUGCGACUGUUGACACUGCACGGCAGAACGUCGUUUGGAUUUGGUCACUAGACGGCACCCCAACACUUACAUCGGCUCUAGUUCACGAGCAACCCGUUCGACAAAUUGUUUGGCAUCCUUCAACGCCACAACUAUUGAUCAAUACUAUCACGAAUACAUUGCCUGCCAUUCGAUGUUGGUUCCCACAAGAUCAUCCAUUGAUUGCCCUAGUUCCUAUUCAGAGGAAUGAGAGUGGAAAAUAUGAUGUCAGAUGGGCUACAGGGUCAAAUACAGACUCGCCGUUCUGGUUUAACUCACCAGAACAACAUGUUAUUGGAUAUUUGUCCUCCCGUGAUGGUGCUGUUGAAUUUGAGGUGUUGAACUCAGUGAGCAGCAAGAGUUUAUCUUGAUUGAGCUAAUCUGCAAGUCGGUGGAUAUUCAAAAUAAAAGUGCUGUAAAUGAGUUAAAUGUCUUCGAUCACGGACGGAGUGAACUGGCUACAUACUUAUCGCAUUUGAUACUACGGAAAUCACAUUCGAUUCCGUCACCUAGAUGUGUUAUUAAGC